AUGGAUACAGCUCCGCAGGCGGUCACCUCAAGCUGUUAUGUGCCCAGUGCCCAGGUGAUUAACACCACUUUAGGCGAGGAGAUGCCUACGGAUGUCACUGGCAUCUUCAGGCCACCUGUACCAAGUCCUCAGUUUCAUGAUCGUAUCGAGCGUACUGCAGAAUUUCCCAAGGCUCUUUCCUAG